AGUACGUGUCGGCGUUUCGUGGCGGGUCCCAACUAUCAAGAAGAAGAAAUGGUUAUGCAUUUACCCCGAUAGCAUCGCUACGCGGACGUAUUUAUUGAAGUAUUUCGAGGCUGGGGUAGCAGAGAAGCCGCCACCAGGUGUCCCGCAGACGAACCACAGGCCACCCUUCGCAGAAAUCUCCGCCGCACCCCGCGUCUAUCACAUGGCAUUUCGUUUCUUUGGUAAAUCCCUCCUCUAUGGUCUGCCGUUGGGCAUUACCUUCCUGGAUUGCGUGGGCUAUGUGGCCAGGGUGGACGGAAUCUCGAUGCAGCCUGCACUGAAUCCGGUGGCCGAUGAGCGGGACUACGUGUUCCUGCUCCGUUGGGGCACGCACAACAGCGCCGUUGAGCGGGGCGAUAUAAUUUCCCUUAUCUCACCGAAGGAUCCCACCCAGAAGAUCAUAAAGCGGGUUGUGGGCUUGCAGGGCGACGUCGUCUCUACUCUGGGCUACAAACACGAGGUGGUGCGUGUGCCGGAAGGUCACUGUUGGGUAGAGGGCGACCACACGGGUCACUCACUAGACAGUAACACCUUCGGACCUGUGGCCCUGGGUCUGAUGUCGGCGCGUGCGGUUGCCAUUGUCUGGCCCCCGGUGCGCUGGCGUGUGCUGAAGAACGAGCUACCUCGACGAAGGAGACCCAUCCAGGCGGCCAAGACCACUAGCAACUAUUACAACUAGACUGACCCGAUGGAGACCCUACUUCUAAGAUAGUUCCAAACGUGUACAUAUGUACAGAUCACCAAAAUAUAUUUUAUAAUCCAUUGUUGUGUUCGCGUAGACGCGGAAAGCUAGGAUGUUCUAAAUUAAAAAUUAUGCUAAAAUGUAAA